UUUCUAACAGCGAGCGUGGCCUUCAACAUCAUGGGACACGGCUGCGUCAUUGGCUACCCCGCAGUCUUGAUACCCAGCUUGAGGCGGCCUGACUCUUACAUUCAUCCUACGGCCAGUCAGGAGUCGUGGAUUGCGUCCGUCAUCGGCUUCGCUUUCAUGCCAGGCAACUUAUUAGUGAUGCCUCUCAUGGAUGUAAUUGGCAGGAAAAAGUGCCACAUCCUCUCCGCCAUACCCAUCUUAGUUGGAUGGUUCCUGGUUCUUCUAGCUAACAGCGUCCAAGCCUUAAUCCUGGCCAGAUUCUUACAGGGUAUAUCCAUGGGUAUAUUAGGGCCUCUAGGCUCAGUUAUCAUAAGUGAAAUGACCGACCCAAAGUACCGGGGAGCCUUUCUGACUUGCAUAUCAUUAUCCUUGACUAUUGGAGUAAUGUUUACGCAUACAAUCGGCACUUUGUUGAGCUGGCAGCAAACAGCCCUAUUAUGCUCCUUCUUAAGCUUUACGAGUUUGAACAUGAUUAUUUUCACCCCUGAAACACCGCCAUGGCUGAUAGCGAAAGGGAAAUACGAAAAGAGCAAAGAAGUGUUUUAUUGGCUACGUGGCGAGGGGCCGGUGCAAGAAGACGAACUCCAACAUAUGAUUACAGCUCAAAAGAUGAUUCGGAAGUCGAGUGUCGCUGGUCAGAAGCUUUCCUUCUGCACAAAAACGAAAAGAUUCUUCAGAUAUAUAGGGUCCACUUUUAAAAAGCCUGAAUUUUACAAGCCUAUGCUGAUCAUGCUCCACGUGUUUGCUAUGUUUCAAUUUGCUGGCAUAAAUGUUAUCAGUUCUUAUGCCAAGGAUAUCAUAGAACAAGUUGUGGGUCCUGAAGCAAAAGCUGUAGUGCUCAUGGUCAUAUUAGAUUGCGAAAGACUUGUCUGUAAUAUCUUAGCUGUGUUCGUUAUGCAGAAAUGUAACAGGAGGACCGUUCUGUUCUCUUUAGGAGCAAUAUGCGUAAUUUCUUAUAUAAGUAAGGCAACAUAUGUGGUAGCGAAGCAGAACAACUGGCUACCUUUCGAAAAUCAGUAUGUUCCUAUAUUUCUAAUAUGCAUGUACAUGUUUUCGCUUACAUUCGGUUUAUCAACAAUCCCAUUCGCGAUUUCUGGAGAAAUAUUUCCAUUGGAAUACAGGGGGUUGGGUGGUGGUCUCAGUGCAUUGCCCGUAUCUCUGAAUUUCUUUAUUGCUGUGAAGAGUUUCCCAGUUUUGACAGGAUCCAUCGGUCUACCAUUAACGUAUUUCGUGUAUGCUGGAAUAGUAUCGUACUGUCUGGUGGUUCUUUGGUUUAUUUUACCAGAGACAAAAGAUAGGACUCUUCAAGAGAUUGAGGAUGAAUUAAGAGGAAACACUGUGGUUGGAGACAGGAGAGAGUCGGAACCUCUGCAUGGCAAAAUUCUGCUGCGUCGGUACAGCUCCCAAAUCAUUGUACAUUAAGACUGUAUUUUGUAUUUGUAAAUAUUUAAGAACUC